UGGGGGUGCAGCCAGGAGAGUAAGUAGCCGUAUCGGUGACGUGACGAAGGGCUGUGCUUCAGGGAAAAACAGUCAGCUCCUAGAAUCAAGGCUUGUUCUCACAGCUGGACUAGACAAGACAGGACUAUACGGGCGACUGCUUGUGGAUUGUUUCACCGCCGAGAUUAAACAAAACCAAAAGCAAGGUAGAGCAGCGAGGACACUGGACUAAGCCACCCCUCCGUCUUGUCAUGGAGAAACAUAAAGUGUUGGAUCAGCUGCUUGUUGAACUGGAAGAAUUCUUAAAGAUUUUGGACAAGGAGAAUCUGAGCAGCACUGCAAUUGUCAAAAAAUGUCUUCUCUCUGAGCUCCUACAGAAACACGUCAAAUCUGAUGGCAGUGAUGAGGAGUACAUCUACAUGAAUAAAGUCGUAAUGUGUGGGCAGGAUCAAGAAAAACAUAUAUUUGAUGGAGAUUGCUUUGAUGACUCUUUUGGAGACAGAAGCUUGGAGAAGCAUCUACCAGCCCCUCAGAAGAGCCUACCUGAUCUUCCCCAUCCCAAAACAUGUAUUGACAGAGAUCCAUAUCCACUGCCCAAGCCACCAUCUCCAGAGGGCUACUAUGAAGAGGCUCAACCAUAUGACAUAGCGGCUAAUGAUGAUGGAGAUGCAGUCAGCAGUUCCUAUGAGUCAUACGAUGAAGAGGAGGUGACCAAAGGGAAAUCAAUGACCCACCAGUGGCCGUCCACCGAGGCCUCUAUUGAGCUUAUGAAAGAUGCCCGAAUUUGUGCUUUCCUGUGGAGAAAGAAGUGGUUAGGCCAGUGGGCCAAGCAGCUGUGUGUCAUAAGGGAGAACCGACUACUGUGCUACAAAAGCUCAAAGGACCAGAAUCCACAGCUAGACGUGAACCUAGUUGGCAGCAGUGUCAUCUACAAGGAGAAGCAAAUGAAGAAGAAAGAGCACAAGCUGAAGAUCAUCCCACUGAGUGGAGACGUGAUCGUCUUGGGGCUCCAGAGCCGCGAACAGACAGAGCAGUGGCUGAAGGUCAUUCAGGAGAUCAGCACAAAGCUGAUGGACUUCCAAGAAGUAACACCUUACGGUUUAGACUCGCCUCGUGUGAAUUCUGCAAAGGCUGACCCGAACGAGAGAUACUCCAUGGCAUCAGAGAGCGGAAGCAGCACAGACAGCCACACAGAGACCCCCGAGACAAAGGAUGUUAAGAAAAAAUAUGGAGCAGGACUGAAACUGAGCAACUUGAUGAAUAUUGGCAAAAAGAAACCGUCAGCACUUGACAGUCCGGAGAAGUCUGUGGACACGUCUGGCUACCUGAAUGUGUUGGUCAACAGCCAGUGGAGGUCACGCUGGUGCUUCAUCAAGAACGGUCAUCUUUACUUCUAUAACGACAAAAGCAAGAAUAAAACGGCUCACCAACCUCUAAGCCUGGAGGGCUGCAUCGUCCUGCCUGAUCCGAGCCCUGAGCACCUUUACUCCUUCAGAAUCAUGCAUGACGGCGAAGAGAUGGCAACUCUGGAGGCCAAGUCUUCAGAUGAGAUGGGCCACUGGCUGGGGAUUCUGCUGUCAGAGUCCGGAACAAAGAUUGACCCCGAGGACCUCACCUACGACUACGUGGACUCUCACCGCAUAUCAGCGAUCGUCAAUGCUGCCAAGGCAUCUUUAUACCUUAUGCAGAGGAGAUACUCAGAGCCCAACGCUUAUACAGACAACCUGCCCGCCGUCACCUGCAAUCCUGAUGACAUCUAUGAUGAUGUGGACACGCCGCCUGAGAUGGAGAACCUCCAUGCAGCGUACAACCCUGAAGACGACCCCGACCGCAUUUAUCUGGACCUCAUUCCUGUGGAAUCGUAUGUGGCCAACUCCCCCGGAAGGCAGUCUCCUGUCAGCACCCCACAGAUGGACAGCGACUCGCCUCAGAUGUCAGUGAACACGGGUUCAAGACAGCUGGAAGUCUGUCAGGCCUUCAACCCAAGUGGAGAUGCCGAGGCAUCCCAAGUAAAGAGCAACACAAGGACUCCCCCUGCAUCUUAUAAAGCCGAUGUCGACCAGCCUACAGUGAAGACGGUGAUCAAAAUUCAGACGCAGAACCAGAAGAUCUCGUUCCCAAGUACGGAUUUACAGAGUAAACCUCUACAAACACCACUGGAGUCGAGGACCUCAUUGGAAGGCCAAGAAAAGCCAAAACUGCCAUUGCAGGCACCUAUUGAGACAAAACUGGGGAAGAGCAGAGCAGAAGCAGACAUCCGACGAUUCUCUGAAGAAAAAGUAAGACUUGAGAGAGAGAAGGAACAAAUCCGUAAUAUGCUGGCACAACUGAGGAAGCAGAGGCGCGAAAUAAAAGACAGCAUUGCUGCAUCAAAAGAAAGCCCAGAUCUGGCAAUUCUAGAAGAGAAGCUGCGAGAAAUUGAUGAGGAGUGCAAGCAGAUGGAGAGCCAGAGAGUUGACCUUGAACUUGAGCUGGUGGAAGUAAAAGGAAAUUUAAGGAAAGCAGAGUCAGGCCCCGUAACUCUGGGCACGGCGGUGGACAGCGUUUUACUUGAGUCCACCGGCUCAUGCGUGAGGACAGCAUUAUCUACAUCACCUCAGCCACUGCUGGCUUCAAGCAACGGUGAAACAGGACCUGUAAACUCCGCUUCAGCACUUAAGAACAGGCCACUGUCCAUCAUGGUGUCUGCUAAAGGGAACGUCUUACAAAAAGCAAAGGAAUGGGAAAAGAAGGCUGCCAGUUAGAUACUGGUAUUGUUGUUUUACAGACAUUUUUUAACCUCAUAACCAAGUCUACCCAAAAACAGUACUGAAGACGUCAGCAUCUUCCCAGCAGCAGGUUUUUUUAUUAUUAUUAGUGUUAAACUACAAUGCAAUUCAUCCUAACAGGAAGAACACAAGAAUCAUGUGCAGUAUGGACCAGUCUAAACAGAAGUUUUACCGGUUUGCUCUUCUGGACAAGAACACCAACAAGGUUUCAUAAAGGAUCUGGGAAAUUCCACUUGUAACAACAUUUUAUACACCAAGUGUGUAUGGAGGGAUGAAACUUAGUAAAGAGAGCACCACAAGGCGCUGUACAGGUAGGCUAACACCUGAACAAUAAGACAUUUGUCUAGGUUUACCUCCACUUCCUGUGCCAGGUACCAAGUACAAACACAAUUCCAUAUUUCAUCUCUAUCUGACAUGUUUGCCUGCCUGGAUUGGCCUUGGACAGCAUGCUAUGUCAGACUUCAAAAGCGCGGAGGUAACACAACAGUAAUGACGAGAACUGUGACAAUGAAGAUCUGAGCUGUAUGAUCACCAUCACACUCAAAGUCCAUCAUCCUUCACAUGGUAGUUAUUUCUUCAAAAUCUAUAAGAGAGAUAAGACAUCUGCUGUUAAACCUUUCUGACAUACCUGUAAAAAAAAUCCAGCAAACAGGAAAUAUUACUGAAAGAGUAGAGAAAUUACAAAAUUGUACAUUACAUUGUAAAAUUAGGUCUACUCACAUUAACAAUCAUUAAUAAGGAAUUACAACACAAAAGAACCAAAAACAUGGAAAAUUAAGUCUACUUGUGUUGUCCUUAACUUAAAAGCGUGAAAAGCGUGGCUGACUUGUGUAGCACAUCAAGGCUGUCAGAUAAUAAAGAAUACAAUACAGUAUUCUCUGCUAAAAACUACCACUGAAUGUACAUUUUUUUUUAUCGAUUAACCAUUUUUACUUCCAGUAAAAAAAAUAAAUAAAUAAAAAAAAAUAAAAUAGAAAAAAAUUUAUUUGUAUAGUUUUUUAACUUAAUGUAUAAAAAGUAAACAUGAGGUUCACAAUUGUUACACAUGAGACACAAACAACCAUUAAAUGGCCAUCACUGUGACAUAUGCAAGAUGCAGACUUAGUAGUAUUUUAUUUAAAUAGAAAUGAACCGGCCAAUUGAUGCUAUAAUGUGCUCUCAGACAUCAGCGCCUGUGACUACUGUGGAGCUGAGCCGAGUGCUCUGUCCUUCGUCUGAGCAUGUGACAACAGCUCAACGCUUAAUGUAUGUUGCCUCACAGCCAUAUAAUAAGUGCCCACCUGGCGCUGGUGACAGGUGGUAAAUACAGCCAAGCAAGUCAAAUGGUCAAGUACCAUCUAAUUCUAAAAAUGUGGGUGGAACGAUUCUUGGCUUUAAAGUGGUAUUUCUUCCACCUUCAGUGAAAACAACAACAUCAGUAUAGUAUGGAGGUGAGGGAGCAGAGCCAUGGAAAUGCUGUGUAAGUUCUACAGAAAGGCCGAUUGAAGCUUACCAACUUUAAGAAAGAAAGCAAAUCAAUAAAAAUAGUAAAGAGAAAGUUCUUCAUCCAGAUAUCUGUCAUACAUUUACCACACUUGUUUCAAAUCCAAAUGUAUACAAGAACAAUUGGAUUCUAUUAUGAUGUCAAAAAUCCUGGGACAGAAAAUUAGGACACCAAGUUUUUAAACAAUACAUUUUCAUUGUGCUUUCCUUAAAAGUGGCGAGAUAUGAAAAAAAGCUACUGGAACUGCUUGUAUGUACUGUGCGAUGUGUACAGUAUGAAGCUGUAAAUACAUAUCAGCCAAACUAUAAACAUAUAUAGAGAUGAUGUGGGCAUACAGUAUAUACCAUAGACAAUGGUGAAACUCAAAUAAACAUAUCAAUACUUUAAA